AGGCCUAUUCCCCAAAAACAGAAGGGCAAGUUCACUACGAAACGGAGCAGCAGCCGGAUCCAAUACCGAUAUGCUAUCGGUAAACUUCGAUUGAACUCAAAGUCUCAAAUAAUUGGUUGCUUAGCAAAACCUACAAUUAGGGUUCUUUCAGAAGCAAAAUUUCGUACCUGAAUCCACUUGACGAUCUUAAACAAUAGUUUUCUUAUCCGACAUAUUAUGAACUGCGAAGUUUGUCAACUCAAAGAACUGGAUGUUGAGUACUUUGAGAUACGGGAAGUUCUUCAAUGCAUCCUGCACACAAUUUUCUUUCACAGAGCAUUAGGUCUGGUGCGACCCAAAGACAUUGAUUUGCAACUGUUUGAAAUUACAUAUGUGCAAUGUGGUGAUGCAGAGCUUGAAAAGAAAGUAGAUGAGAAGAUUGAUCAGUUCAUUGAUAAAGUAGAGAAACACCCAAACAAGAAAAACCAGAUAUGUUUAUCUUUCUUUGAAGUAAAGAACAAACAAGCAACAUGGUUUACACACAAAGUUGAACAUUUAUACUGGGAACAAUGGUAUAUAAAUAUAAAUGUUGCCCAACAUCCAAAACCAAUUUCUGGAAAGUCUCAUCAUUCUAAAUUGGUUUUAGACCCUGGAGAAAGUGCAUCUGAGGAGAGAAAUGCUAGGCGAGCAACACUAGAAUCCUCUUUGCAUGAAGUUUUAUUCCAAAUAAUCAAAUUUGUAAAUGAGAAGAAAGAUCAUAUUCCUCCAAUACCAAAUAUGGAGGGAGUUUCAUUUCCCUAUGAAAUUACAAUCUCAAGUUCAUCAGAUUCAGCGUUCGGGAUGGACAUGUUUAAGAGGAUGCUCCAGACUGGGCAUCCUACAAUGCUCAGCUGAUUUUAUUAAAAAAAAAAAAAAAUUCUGGAUAUGCAAAGUGGUAUGUCUGUAAAAAAUGGAUAGUAGUUGUGUAAAAGGGUAAUUUGGACAUUAUUGCAUUUGUUCAGAUGUACAUAUUGUUUGAUGUUAGCAUUUGUCUUGUAUGUUAUCCUUUCUAGUAUCACUGGAUAUGAUGAUGAUUGAACAGUUAAAUAAAUAUGAAGAAAAAAUAUUAUAUUUGCAAUA